AGUAGGGCAGUUACUUUUCCUAUAAUGCGAUCAGGAGACACUGAUCAGACUAUCAGUGUGUUUUUAUUCCCCGGACUUACACACAAUGGUGAAGUGAACUCAGGCGGGUUUCUCCUUGCAGAAGUGUCACACUUGUCUCUCAGCGGGAAGUGAAAACGAUCAUUUGCAGGCUACAAUUAAGUCGAGCGUGUUUUUAUCACCUCAGAUCAUAAAGUGUUAUCAUCGUUGGGAUCUGCUUUCUGCCUUGUGGACAUCAAGAAGAGAAAAGAAACGUAAUGUUCCACUGAUGUGUGCUGUUGGCAUCAUCUAAGCCGCACGAGAAGUUCAUGGGAAAAGGGCGCUGAGGGGACGGACCUGAGGGGAGAGGACAGCAGAGGAGCUUUUUACCAGGAGAGGAUGGAGGCGACUGUGUGUGGCAUGAAGAGAGAUGACGGCUCUAUCUGAAGUUGAAUAAACAUUUUUUUCAGCUGUUUGGGCUAAGCAGGUGUUAGGGAGUUGCCACAGCUGCUCGGGGAAUCCAGUGGAUGUGUUGGAGGUGAAGAGGCUGAGCACAGCGGCUGCCAGGCUGCAGCUAUGGUUGUUGAGGCAAGGUUUCCUCCUUCCUCAUCAGUGACCUCGCCGUUUGUUUCACCAUGCCAGAAGACCCCAUUGCCUCCUCCUUCUACAUCGUCCUGGAACUGCUGAUUGCUUUGUUCUCCGUGCUGGGCAAUGUACUGGUCUGCUGGGCCGUGUGCCUCAACACAAACCUGCAGAGCAUCACCAACUUCUUUGUGGUGUCACUUGCAAUUGCUGACAUCGCUGUGGGUGUCCUGGCCAUUCCCUUCGCCAUCGUCAUCAGCACUGGAUUCUGCUCCAACUUCUAUGGGUGCCUGUUCCUUGCCUGCUUCGUGCUGGUUCUGACACAGAGCUCCAUCUUCAGCCUGCUGGCCAUCGCUAUAGACCGCUACAUAGCAAUCAAGUUACCGCUCAGGUACAACAGCUUGGUGACAGGCGAGCGGGCACGAGGCAUCAUCGCCAUCUGCUGGGUUUUAUCCAUCAUCAUCGGUCUGACCCCCAUGAUGGGCUGGCAAAAGCUGCCCAUGAACAGCGACCCCCUCUGCUCGCCUGGCCUGAUGAAGUGCCUGUUUGAGGAGGUGGUGGUCAUGGAGUAUAUGGUCUACUUCAACUUCUUUGCCUGUGUACUGAUUCCCCUGCUGAUGAUGCUGGCCAUCUACCUGUGUAUCUUCAUGGCCGCUCGCCGCCAGCUCAAGCUGAUCGAGGUGAAGGCAGUUCAUGGAGAGAAGUCGCGCUCCACGUUGCAGAAAGAGGUCCAGGCUGCUAAGUCUCUGGCCAUCAUUGUCGGGCUGUUUGCAGUCUGCUGGCUGCCUCUACACAUUAUCAACUGCUUCACCCUCUUCUGUCCUCAGUGUGAUCGUCCUCCGGCCUGGAUCAUGUACGUGGCCAUAAUUCUUUCCCACGCCAACUCGGUGGUCAAUCCCUUCAUCUACGCCUACCGCAUCAGAGAGUUCAGACAAACCUUCCGUAGGAUAAUCCGGCGCCACAUCCUGGGCCGGCAUGAGCUGUUAGAGAGUGGUAGCAGCAUGCGCAACUCCACUCACAACAGUUUUUCUGACUCUAUCAGACUCAAGGCAAAUGGCCUCAGCAUUGACCUUUUCCCUGAACACAGCACCAGCAGCAGUAGCUGUGAAAGCUCCUACCGCUGCACCACUAACAUCUCUCCUGUGGGGGGCAGUCUGGUGGCAGUAUCCCGCCCCCCUCUGUCAGUCAUUAUUGCCCACUGUCCUAAGAUGGGCCCUUGUCCACUGCAAACCCUCAGACAGUCUCAUAUAGGACAUCAUCUACAGUAUGCGGAGCAGCAGCAUGACUGCGCUGGACCAGAAGUGGUGGAGGAUAAGGACAAAGAGAACCUCUGCAAGCAGAACACAAAGAGUUGCUUCAGUGAGCUGGCAAAGGUGUGCUGACCCAUGCAUAUUCAUUAAUAAUCAGGAGCCUUGCAGUAACAUGUUAACUUGGCAGCAGCUCACGAACGAUUGGAAUAACACCUGAUCCGCAAUGGAAAUGGGAGCACUGUAAAAAGAUAAUGGACAACGAAUUUCACUGAGAUAACUUUAAUCUCUUUGCCAUGAGAAACUGUUUUCAGGAUUUGAAUACAGUGACUAUUUAAAGAGAUGGGUUGGAUUUUUUUAACUGGGG